AUGAAGGUGGUCCACCAGCCGGACCCCAACUCCGUCAAGCUUGUUCUCGAGGACGGCCCACUGCCCACGCUGACGCAUCCCGAAGAUUGCCUGAUUCGCAUUUACACCGCCUCACCCUGUCUCGGUGAGCUUCACUGGGAGAAGAACUUUCCCUCCCUCUUCGACCCCAACCGCGAGCGGGUACCGUGCACCGAGGCCGCCGGCGUCGUCAUCCAGGCACCGGCGCCCCACCCCGACGAUGCCUCCGCGCCCAACCAGCGGGUCUUCAAGGAAGGCGACCACGUCUUCUUCCGCCUCAGACCAGCCAUGACGGGCAACCUUCGGCAGUUCUCCGUCGCCCGCACCUCGCAGAUGGCGCGCAAGCCCGCCAGCCUCGGGUGGGUGGAGGCCGGCGCGACGCCGCUGAGCGCCCUGACAGCUUGGCAGGGCGUCUUCGACAACAGCCUUCUCGACCACCGCGGCUUGUUCGGCGACGAGGCGGCGCGCCAGGCAAAUGGUCGCCUUCGCGUGCUCGUCACCGGCGCGGGAGGCGUGGUCGGCUCCUGGGCGGUGCAGCUCGCUGCGCUGGCCGGCGCCGGCGCGGUCGUGGCGUACACGGGAGGCACGUCGUCGGCCGCGCAGGUCACGCGACUGGGUGCCACUGAUAUCGUGGACUACAAGCAGAUAAACCUGGCGGACUGGGUGGCGCAGGACCCUGAGCGGCGAUCUGUGGAUGCCGUCCUGGACUGCGUGGGAGGCGCGACGCUGUCGUCCUGCUGGCACGCGGUCAAGGAGGGCGGUGUGCUGCUCAGCGUUGCCAGCGACCCUGCGCAGGAGAAGCCACGAUCCUUGCACAAGGCCCUCUCCGCUUCCAAGUGGUUCCUUGUUGAGCCGGACGGGAGCCAGCUUGAGCUGAUCGCGAAGCUUAUGGAGGCGGGCAAGUGCGUCACCAAGGUGGACAGUGCGGUGGACUUUGAGGACUUCCAAGUCGCUUUCGACAAGGUAGAAAACAAGACAGCGAAGGGAAAAGUCGUCAUUAAGUUGGCGCAGUUCAGAGACAUAGAUUAG